GCCCCAAUUUCCGCGUCCCUCAUUAUCGUAAAGCGAAAUUUUUAUGUUAUCUAUCAAAUAAAAGCCCCAUCAAGCUAUAACGUCGGCGUUUUCCUCUGUUUUCCACCCCCGCGAAAUAUCGAUCAGUCAUCAGCUGAUGUUUUCCGCAGAGAUAACACCGUCGUAUCUUAAUUUAAGUUUCCAUGGAAAAUGUGAUAAAAACACUGUUUAAUUUAGAAUGAAGAGUGGGACAAAGGCCAGUCGACUGUUCCAGUCGGGCCAGGGCUUGCCACAGACCGCUUCGAAAGCUUUCUAAUUUUACGUUUUAAAAUGAACACACCAUUAAGCAGAGGCUGCUCGUAUAGUCCUCGGGAGUCGUUCGAGUACACGGCUUUGCAGUUUGCAGCUCGUCGGGGCUCUUUGGAACAAGUCCGGUAUUUGAUCGAAAGCGGGACCGAUUUAGAUACGGGACCGGAUCCGGCUCUGCAUUUGGCCCUGCGUAAGCAAAAUACAGCAAUAGUUCAUCUACUUCUCCAUGCUGGUGCUGACUUUGAAAUAAAAGAUUCGCAUGGAGAUUAUCCUAUUCACAUAGCUUGUAGUCUGGGGCUUCUGGAUGUGGUGCACGCUUUAUGCGCCUUAGGUUGCAGCGUUGAAGUCUUGACGGUUAAAGGCUUGUCGCCGCUUCAUCUAGCUGCGAAAAAUGGCCACAUUCACGUCGUCCGAUGCUUGUGUGCAGCGGGUUGCAAUAUCGACAUCCGCAACUCAGAUAACAUUCGUGCUGACAUCACUGCUUUGAAAUAUGGUCAUAAUAACAUAGCGGAGUUGUUGGAUAGGUUGAGGGUCACCGGACAAAGAGACACUUUAGCGCGUCAGCUAGUUCCAACUUCGAAACCAGCGCUGAGGUUGUCUUUGCGGCUUUUGGGAAACUGCGGCGUGGGGAAGACUUCUCUCGUCAAGUCGUUAUGUGCAGGCUUGUUUAGUUCGCUGUUUCGAAGAUCGAGUUCUUUGCAGAGCAACAAAUCACGACCAUCGUCACCCAUCAACAGCCAAAUCGAGAUGGAUGUGACGUCCAGACAAAACUCCUUGAGUUUCGAAAGCAGUGGUAACUACCAGUCGACCAAUGGAAUUAACGUACAAAACUUGGACAUAUCAAGCGUCGGCGAAGCGACAGUUUGGGAAUUCUCAGGUCAAGAAAACUAUUUUCCAAUUUACCACCACUUUUUGUGGCCUUCUCCUCAUUCAUUGACUUUGGUUUUGUUUUCUCUGGAAGAUUCGCCGUCCAUUCAGGUCCAACAAGUGUGUUUCUGGCUCAAUUUUCUCUUAGUGCGUCAACCCGCGGAUUUGCCUUCAUCGGAAUAUGGCCAAAUCCUGUUGGUCGCUACCCACGUGGACAUGACGCGCGCUGUGAAGACUCAAAACGGCGAAUGGAUUUGUCCCGACGCCCAAAAAACCCUCGAAACCGUGAAAAAGCUACUCCCCCACGUACCUAAUUUGAUGUCGAGCGUCGUCAUAAUGGAUACCAAUGUACCUGCUUCUUACGCUUUCAAGCAGCUCAAAUCGACCAUGUCGGAACUGAAACAAGAGUGCCUCCAGGAUUUUUUAACUGUUAAAAAAGGAUCGUACAAUUUAGUUACAAGCCGAGUGUUUAAGCAAACCGUGGGAAGUUGGACGGGGCUUUUGGAAGCUACGUUGUCUUGGUUGGGUCCUCUUCAGCGGGACUACGAACAGUUUCCGGUUUUGUCGCGAUCGACUUUCUCCGAGUUGUUACGGAGCCAAGUUAACAUCCUCGCUUCGGAUCACCACAUCCAGGAGCUGCUGCAGCAGCUGCACUACAUGGGAGAGGUGUUCUGCAUUCAGGAUUUAGUUGUGAUAUCUGUGUCUUGGUUAGGCUUGCAGCUUCUAGGCGAGCUUUUCUCUGUUGAUUUCUUCCUGCAUGCCAGAGUGACGGGAGUGUAUACGACGGACGAUUUCCAAGCCAGUUUCAAUCAGUGUGACGCUUUAGGGGCCUUAGAUUUACUGGAAGCUUUGGAUGUUUGCGUUCAGUGUGACAUCGACGGCGAGAUCGAAUACGAAUUUCCGAUUUACAACCACACAGAAACGAUAGAAGGGUUGUGGGAUCCCGAAGACCCGAGGUACUCGACCCAGGGGGCGCAGUACGGUGGUAUAAGAUUAUACACCCCACCGGGAACGUACCAUUUGUUCAAAUCGAUUUUCCCGCAUAUCCAAGUCGAGUUGCGUCGAGCGACUUUAGCCAACUAUAGCAACAAUGACAGCGAUACCGAUCUGUAUCAGUGGCACUUGGGGUCGAAGUUGUGCAACUCGGAGUUAGAGAGUCUGAUCACUCUCGAAGAAGACGAAGUGGCUUUACAAUAUAUCGAAAUAAAAAUAAGGGGACCAAAUCAUACGUCGCAAUAUUGUUUUUAUUUUUUGGAACAAAUCAUGCAAACUGUUAAUCAAGCACUGUUGAGGGUUUGUCCAGGGUUGUUGGUGGAGAAGCACAUUUUGAGUCCGUUCGAACUCAAGAAACACUCGGGAGCUCCGUUUUGUUACCAGCCGGACGUUAUCACCGCUGCUAUGUUGGAAGCGGAGUCGACUCUUGACAUAGCUCUGUACAAUCCAAACAUCGACGGUCAAGAAACGAUCGUCCAGAUGAUCAUGUUCGAUGAGAUGGAGUUGGCUGGAAAUAUCCACUGGGGUUGCGCUUUACGAAUCCAAGAUCUUUCAUCUCCCGUCAAACUCAAACUCUGCGGUUUAUUGGACCCUCCGGAACCUCACGGACGCGAUUGGUGUCUUCUAGCCCUCCGAUUGGGUCUCUGCCAAGACAAAAUAGCAGCUCUGGACUCCCAACAUUCCAGCCACACCAUGCGUCUACUCACAACCGCCGAUUGUUCUAUAGGUGCUCUUAUAACCAGUUUGCAUGAGCUAGACCGACUCGAUGCAGCAGAAGUCGUCCUCCGUUCCGCACCCAUAUUUAAAAUCAUAGAGCAUGUCAGUGUUUAGACAUUAGACAUUUUUUAUAACUAUUCUAAAGCUCAAGUCCCGGUUCUUUGAUACUUGAAUUUUUAAAAAGUCCAAUCAAAAAAUUUCUAUUAGUUAGAUGCUUCUACCGUCCUUUUUCUAUCCACUAACCCUUUCUUUAGAUUAACACACAACGAAAUAGACAAGAUUUUAGUUAACUUAAUCUGCUAUUACAGGGUUUAUUUCAGUAUUAAGGAGAGAUUGUGAUAUUCAUGCUCAGUUGUGGAAAAUAUUUUAUUGUAAUGUUUUAAAUAAAUGUCAAAGUUA